AUCUUUAGUUUUCUUUCAGUCACGGGCGCGAUCAGUUUGUCGUGAAAUGCUUGUUCUGUUGCUGUGACCAGAAUACCGUGAAUAUCUCAAGCGAUAAAUGUUAAAUUAGUACCACAAUUCUAUAGCCGAGGGCCCAAGGGAAUCUGUGCAACAUUUGUGAUUGAGUUUUGAAUACAAAAAGCUUGCAGGAAUUACUACCAGCGCACCCAUCAAAUGGAACCACACUUCCACAGCUGCCUUGGACGAUAUUAAAUCUUUAUUAGCUCACAGAAGCAACAUAACAGCCGGAGCCAUGGACACGGUCUAUGGAACAAAGAAAUACUUCCAGAGCCUAUCGGGUGCGAGUGAUAUAUACAGAGGGCAGACAUGUCGGCAAAUGAGCACGGACUACACCUACCAGAACACGCUGGGGCGCAGAUCGCAGCUGGGCGCCUACUAUCACAUGAACAAGCAGCCCUCGUACACGAACGAUCAUAGCAUCAACAGCCAGUACGGAUACAACACGUGGGGCAUCUGGCGCGAUGGCCGGAACAUAGCACCAUCCACGUUCUCGGCCAAGACACAGACGCAGUAUCCAAAGAAUCGAUCAUUCUCCAUCAUCCUCACGACGGCCGCUUUUAUAGUUCUGCUGGCGGUGAUCUCCAUUGCGGGUCUGGCAUUCUACUUUAGCUCCAUCAAGGCCACCCUGGAAGAUCCUAUCUUGGGCUUUGAGGGCUCCUUCCGCAUUGCCAAGGGGGAUCUGUACUCCACGGGUCUGAAGUACAACCACACCACCACGUACAAGCAGAAGAUUGACUUUUACAAGCGCUUUGUGGAACGAUCUCUCACGGACAAUGGCCUGCAGCCGCUGCGCACCGAUGUCUGGGGCUUCGGCGAUGGUCCUCUGAUCAAGGUCUCCUUUCGUCUGUUCCUCGAUGUCCGUAAACUUCCGCAGAAUAUUUUGAGCGUGGAGGAGUACAUCAAGGAGUCUCUGUUCUUGGAGACAGCGGCCACUAAGUCACUCUAUCGCUCGCUGCGCCUGGACACGGAGUCUGUGGAGAUCAAGCGGAUCAUGGACGAGCAAGUGAUGCGUGCAGCGGCAAUCCUAAAGGAGGCUCAAACGGUGCCCACUAGUCAGACGCAGCUGGAGAAGCGGCUCAUGAAGAAGGGAACGCCUGCACCGGCACAGCAUCCAAAGCCACUGGGAAACACCACACCCAAGCCGCGCAAUCCACUCGUUCGCAAUCACUCAGCGGAUGAGGAGCCGGAAAUCGAUGUGGAGAAUGCGCCCGUCAUACAGGGCUCCUUCGAGGGCUCCUUCGAGAUAACCAAAACGGAUGCGGACAUUGCGCGCAAGAAGUUGCCGCCCACACGGGCCUAUCAGAUCAGCAGCAGCGCUCAGCCACCCAAGUCGAUAGCAGUUACGCCUUACUCCCUCCGGGUGAAGCCCAAGAAGCCGGGCAUUGAGAAGCUAACAACGAUUGUGCCGCAGCAGCAGCAGCCUUCCACCAGAGCAACCACAACCAAGGCGACCAAGAGGCCAACAACAACCACAACCCCAACCACAACCACAACAACGAGCACGAAGCGAACCACGAGCACGAGCACUAGUAGCAGUACGAGCACCACGACAACAAGUACAACAACCACAACACCCAAACCCACAACAACAACAACAAGAAGCACCACCACCAAGGCGCCCGCAACAACUCCUUCCCCACCGAGCACCACACUGCCCAGCACCACGACAUUCACUUAUCCCACCGUGACAGCGCCCACUCCCACCCACAGCAUGUCCCUGCCCAAGCUGGAUGCGAAUCUCUUCACCACAUUCCCCAUUCUGGACACGCAACCCUGGCGACCGAUGCACCGCGAAGUGCCGGAGCUCAUGGCUGGACCGCCGCCCGCUUUUCCCACAAAAACGCUGCCUGGUGGUGCUGGAACCACGCCCACUGUGAAUCACAUACCGCAAAGGCGAAUCGAUGAGCUGGAGCUGCCAUUUAUAGGUGACAAUCCCACGCCGCCGACAGCCGCUGUGGCGCCAUCGAACAUCGAUGAUCCGUAUGGACCGAUGUCCAUUGCGGGAUUCCUGAAUCAGGGAGUGCGCAUGAACGAGCCAAAGAUGCCGGAGUUGCCGGGCGCAGGGCAGGAGCAGCAGGAUCAGGAUAUGCUCUUCUACCACAACUUUGGCAGUCCGAUCUUCAUGCCAGGCACUGAGAAUAUAGAGCGCCUGGGCGGAGCUCUGGUCGAGCCGCAUCCCCUGCCCGUGCCGCUGAUUGAUGACGUGAUUAUUCCACCAUUCAAGCCGAUCGAUCCCACGCUGGGAACGGGCGACAAGCUGCCCUUCAACAUCGAUGCCAGCAACGAGCGGUUCGAGCACUUGGGCGGCGGUGUCAUAGCCAAGAAGCAGGAGAAACCGGACAAGCAGGAGAAGCCACAGAAGCAGGAAACCUCCACAAAGCAGGCACCCAUUGAGCUAACCACGCACAGGAUCAAUCACACCAGCACACCAGCUCCAGUAAAGUUCGUGGUCAGCAGCUCACCCAGGCCCACGAGUGCGCCAGCUCUGCCCUCGCUGAAGCCGACAGACAAUUCGGUGCUGGCCGACACUAUUGGAGAGUUUUUCAUGGAGCUGCUGAACCUGCCCAAGGAGGGGAAUGCAACCAACAGGAGCACCACACCAGAGCCAGAGCAGCAGGUGGACAUAGAUACCGUAGAGUCAAGAAUAGAGCCAGAUGAAAUCGAGACACCAAAGCCGCCGGCGAACCACUCCAAGCCAAACUUUUUAAAACUGAAGGAGCACAUUCUGCAGCGCAAUACUCCAUCCCAGAUUCUGGCCAAUGACACCAUAGACACCACAACAAGUGCCACCACAACCACAGAGGAGCCAAGAACUGUCACUAGCAUUUCCAACAGAAAUCGCAUCCGUACGACCAGCGAGCGACCCACAAUGAUGGACGAUUCGAACCUAUUUCCCUCGCACUCCAAGUGGCAGUUUGUCAACAGCUCUUCGGCGCAGAACUACGGACACAAUUCGAAUAUGCGAAAGAUUUUCAACAAGACGCUGCAGGCAUGGGUAUCGGAGGACAUUGACAAGUCGGAGAACCUAACACUGAACGACAUCAAGACGCGCAUCAACAAUGCCAGCAACAUACAGGACAUUUCGCUGAUCUUUGACACGCUGGCCUCCAAGCUGGGCAUCACGCCGAGUGUUCCCAACAAGUUUCCUCCCUUCUCGCAGAACAAACUGAAGCAUCCACCGAAGGAGGAGACCAGAGUGAGGACAACGACUACGGAACUGCCAGUCCAAGAAUCGAGCGUGAGCUUUAUAGAACAACGAGAACCAUUCAUUAAGCCAAUGUCCAGUUUUAUGGACGAUGGAUCCUCGGAGGUGCUGGGAGCUGCCAUUCCAGUGGUCGGCGAGGCGGAGGUGGAAGUGGUGGAUCCGCUGAAGUACGAGGAACUGCUGAAGAUCUCACAGUUUGCGGAGCCCACAUCCACCACCGCAGAGCCGAGCGUGCAUCGGCUGGUCACCCUGCUGCCCGUGCGCUCCAAUUCGGGCAUUCGCACCUACAAACCACCCACCGAAGACUUCGAAACGCAGCGCAGCAGGCAGAGCGAGACUUCCCCCGCAUUGAGGGAGGGCAGUGGAGCAGCCAAUAUACGGCGCAAGAUCCACCUCAACCAGAGCCGUAGGUUCGGGCAGCCGCCGGCAGAGGCGGUCGUCAAGGGUGGCAUCAAGGUCACAGUCAAGAAAUGAUCAUCGAGAGCAAGGACAGAGUCGGCCAAAUAACUUCAAGAUGAGAUUACAAGAAGGAAGCCCUACGAUUAGGGUUUGCAGAAUUUACAUAUGUAGGGUCUUUGCACACGAUUUGUAGCUCUAAGUAGGGAAUAUAACAUAAGUGUAUCUCUUUAAUUGCGGAACGUGCAAAAUAACAACAUCUUGUUCGAAAAUUGUUCGACUGCUGGAACAAUUUUGGAAUGACAAUUCCUGUUAUACUUCGGCGACGCGAUAUCUCUGUGUGUGUGCGUGUCUGCCAGUCCUCAGUAUUUAAGAUUUAUUAUAUUAAAUUCCUUGUUUAAGUGUGGAAUCAAUAUAAUUUAGUUUGUAUACGAAGCUACGAUUUAAAUAGAAAUAUUAAUUUUUCAGUUCAA